AUUCUCCUCUCAGCAUCCUCCUGUGCCGCUGCCAGCCCGGGGCCCUCAGCACACACCGAGCCGGGCCCCCCGACCCCUCACAGCCGUACACUGCCCCCCACCACUCAGCCUCCUGGGAGAUUAAGGAAUGAUAUUGUGCCACCAUGAUGGAAGGAUUGAAAAAACGUACCAGGAAGGCAUUUGGAAUACGGAAGAAAGAAAAGGACACUGAUUCCACGGGAUCACCGGACAGAGACAACAGUAAGAAGGCAAAUGGCGCACCAAAUGGAUUCUAUGCAGAGAUUGACUGGGAGCGAUAUACUUGUCCAGAGUUGGAUGAGGAGGGCUACAGCAUCAGACCUGAUAUGGAACCUGGCUCUACCAAAGGAAAACACUUCUAUUCAUCCAGUGAGUCUGAGGAAGAACAAGAGUCUCGCAAGAAGUUCAAUAUCAGGAUAAAGCCUUUACAGGCCAAGGACAGCCUGAAGAGCGCCGCCACUGUGGACGAGCUGAAAGCCUCUAUAGGAAACAUUGCACUGUCCCCGUCCCCUGUGAGACGUAGCCCGGGCACAAUUAAGAGACAUUUGUCACGUGAAGAGAUAGCAAGGCCGAGGCGCUCAACUCCCACAGCAGAGAUUGCAAGUAAGAAAGCUCCGACUGAAUUAUUUGGCCCUCCCCUGGAGUCCGCCUACGAGGAUCCAAAAUCUGAAGUUUCCCUAGACCAGUCUGAAAUAUGGGGAGCCUCUCAAAUCAGCGCUGCCACUGCAGAAUCUCCAAAGCUGACAAGACCAUUCCCAACUGGAACACCUCCACCUAUUCCACCCAAAAAUAUUCCAGCCACCCCACCAAGGACUGCUUCACCACUACCAGCUGGGAUAGUUCAAGGACUAGCUGUAAGAGGAGAGCAGAAGGAAACAGUCAGCACAGAGGAGCGACCUGCGUCUAUCAGUGACUUGGACAGUAUUUUCGGCCCUGUUUUAUCCCCCAAGUCUGUUGCUGUCCAUUCCGAAGACAAAUGGAUCAGAUUUCACGACCAUUCACCAGAAAAGAUUUGCUCUGCUUCUCCACCACUUCCUGCGUCCCCGCGUCCACCUCCGUCCCCUCUUCCUCCUCCUUCCCCUCUUCCUCCUCGUUCUCCCCUUCCUCCCCCUCUUUCUCCUCCUCCCCCUCGUUCUCCCCCUCCUCCGCCUUCUCCUCCCCCUCCUCGUUCACCUCCUCCUCCUCUUCUAUCUUCCCCACCUCCUCCUUUUUCUUCCCCUCCCCCUAUUUCUCCUGCUCUCGCUCCUUCUCCAUCUCCUCCUCCUUCUCCACCUCCUCCUUCUUCUCCACCUCCGCCUCCUUCUCCACCUCCCCCUCUUUCUGCAACAAUUGUCGAAUCUCCACCUCCUAAAGAAACAAACAGCCCCUGUGAAUCGCUGCCCCCUGUGGAAAUGUGUCGAAAUAUACCCUCACCACUCAACCUGGAAGAGGUCCACAAAAAAAUAGCAGAACACUCAUUCAUUAAAGACGAUCUACCAGAGACCGCGGCCUCUCCUAAAGAUUUUGCCCUUGGUCAAAGAGCUACACCACCACCACCUCCACCGCCUACAUACAGGGCUGUUGUGUCUUCUCCAGGACCCAGUGGGGCAGGAAGUGCAAGUGGAACAUCGUCUCCUGCUCGCCCUGCAACUCCUCUUGCCGUCUGCAGUACGACCCCUCCACCACCUCCUCCCCGUCCACCAUCUCGGCCUAAAGUCCCUCCUGGAAAACCUGCAGUAACAGAUUCUCGGCCAUUCAGUCCACCUGUCCACUCGUCCAGCCCACCUCCCAUCGCCCCCUUGGCCCGAGCCGAGAGCACUUCCUCCAUUUCUUCAGCAACGUCCCUAAGUGCAGCCACCACACCGACAGUCGAAGGCGAUGCAUUUGCUGACAAACGGCCCCCGUUUGACAGACGAGACACACCUGCAGAGAAUGAACAGCCUUCCCUCAUUUGGUUUGACCGAGGAAAAUUUUAUUUGACUUUUGAAGGAUCUUCUAGAGGACCAAGCCCCCUAACCAUGGGGGCCCAGGACACCCUGCCGGUGGCAGCCGCCUUCACGGAGACGGUCAACGCUUACUUCAAAGGGGCCGACACCAAUAAGUUAAUAGUAAAAAUCACCGGAGAAAUGGUCCUGUCGUUCCCAGCCGGAAUCACCCGUCAUUUCUCAAACAACCCAGCACCAGCCGCACUGACUUUCCGUAUCACAAACUACAGCCGGUUAGAACAUGUUCUGCCAAACCCACAGCUCCUCUGUUGCGACAACACGCAGUCCACUCCUAACGCAAAAGAAUUCUGGGUCAACAUGCCAAACUUGAUGACGCAUCUGAAGAAAGUCUCAGAACAGAAGCCACAGGCAACAUAUUAUAAUGUAGACAUGUUGAAAUAUCAGGUGUCCUCCCAGGGGCUCCAAUCUACUCCACUAAAUCUUGCUGUAAACUGGAGGUGUGACCCAACCAGCACAGAUCUCCGGAUAGACUACCAGUACAACCCGGACUCCAUGGCCUCACCAGUAGCCCUAAACAAUGUCCAGUUUGUUAUCCCUAUAGAUGGUGGCGUAAAGAAGCUCCAGGCAGUGCUGCCCGCUGCUGUAUGGAAUGCAGAACAACAGAGGAUAUUAUGGAAAAUCCCUGAUAUUUCCCAGAAAUCAGAAAAUGGAGGUGUUGGCUCUUUGCUUGCGAGGUUCCUGCUGUCUGAAGGUCCCAGUAAACCAGCGCCAUUAGCCGUACAAUUCACUAGUGAAGGAAGCACUUUGUCCGGAUGCGACAUCGAGCUCGUAGGAGGAGGAUACAGGUUCUCACUUGUGAAAAAGAGGUUUGCAGCAGGAAAGUACCUGGCGGACGUCUAAUGGAGGAUUACGCCCCGAGGAGCAAUGUUCCUACAGGUUGUGAUUUUAAAGCUCAUGAACUCUACUCGGAGCCUGGGAAAUUUCUGCUGGAAGUUGCGUCAACUUCUGUCCGAGCGUUUUCCACAGAAACCUUGGUGUUGCCCCGUCCUGCAGUAUUUAUAUCUAGGUGUAACAUUGUCGAUGGUUUUAAAAAAUGUAAUUAUCGUAUUUGUAAAUUGUACUUAAUUCAGUAAGGCUGUAUUUUGGCAGUUAGACUCUCGUUUCAACAUUUUACCAUUGAUAAAUGGAUGUAAUUUAAGUAAUUAUAUAAAUAUAUAUAUAAAUAUAUAAAGAAAGAAACAAUGGGGUAGUACCGUUGAAUGGCCCACAGCUUAUAAGAUUUUUUUUUUUUUUUUUGUGUAUAUAUGUAAAACAGUGGGCUGCAACCAGUGGGUCAUCUAGCUGUUGUGGAACUACAACUCCCAGCAUGACAUUAUCAUUCCGUAAUAGAGGGGGGGGGGCCACAGGUUUCAGCCGUCUGAUAUAGAGUCAAAUGUAUAAUAUCAGUAGCUUAUAAUAGGGGGUGCCUAAGGUCUGAACAAAUGUCUUGAAUUCCUUGUCUAUGCACAUGACAACAAUCUCCAAACAUGCAAACCAUUCGGACAUUGACAUGAUGCAUGAUGACGUCAGAAGGGUGUCACAGGGUUAAAAUAAAAAAUCUAAUUGAAAAAAACCCACACGGAACAAGGUUGUCAAAUAAAUCAAUAAAGCUUUCGAAU